UUGGGUGAACUAACCCUUUAAUGUUUAUCAACAUAAAAUGACAAAAUUCACAAAAAUCAGGGUUAUAAACUGCAUUUAAAACUGUCCUAAAAUUGCAGACUUUGUAUCUGUCCCCCACCGACGUGAACGUUUAGAUCGUCAUGGACCUUGUAACUCUCCACCGUCUUGAAGAACAAAAGAUCAAAGCAGCGCACGGCUAGUCUGUUGUAUGAAGUGAUGGUCAUGUACUACACUGGAGUGCUAAAAGCCACCUUGAAAAAGAACUGGAUUCCUCUCGACCUCAAACUGCAAAAGACUAAGUCUCUUCGUUGGACUCUGCAGUAUAAGGAGUACAUGAACUAUCCGGUGGACCAGGGCGCUCCCAAUCAGACCAAACAGAUUCUGGCCACACAGUUCAACCUCAGACUGCAUACACCAGACCUCAUCAUCACUGUACAUCAAUGAUCCACUAGUCUUUAUUUGGGACAUGUAACAAGCAGCACGGACAUGUAACAAGUAGCACAAAUUUUUUACAUUUCAUGACGUUGACAUGACGCAACAUGUCAUUUUCACCUGACUCCAGAUUAGUCACAUGGGUUUUAAAUCUAAUGUGAUUGACUAGAAAUGUUUUAUAAUCUUGAUCAUGGAUAUUAGAUUCAAAGCCUUGUUACUUUGAAUUUAGCAGGCACAUUUUUUGUCUUGGCAUGCA